GUUCCUCCGCCGGCCUCCUCAGCUGUCGGUUAGCAACAAGCCCAUCAACAGCAGGAUGCGGGUAGACAGCUGUUAGUCUGAAACUGCACAAACUCCGGUUCUUGACGGAUUUAACCGAACUGAGCCGACAUGCGGGACAGGCGGGAGCGCGUGCACGGCGUCCGAUCGAUCCGGCGUCCGUGAAAGUAUCGAUUAGGUGCGUGAAAGAGUGCCAAAGUGCGUGUUUUUUUUGCACCCAGUCCCUCGGAGUUGAUGUGGCAGAGAUGAACCUGCCGCUAACAGGCUAACCGGAGGCUAACGGGCUAACUACGGAGCUAACAGGCUAACCGUCAGAAUGAAGCUGUUUUAAUAAACUCUAUCAGCAGCCGGACACAGAGACAAUAACAGAGGCGCCGCUGUCACCGUCAUGGACUCGCUGCUGGACUUCGAGGACUGUGUCCUAGACUCACCUGAGUUCAGGCUGAAUCUGGAUCAGUUUGAGGCCGAUGUUUCUCUGCUGGAGACACAACUGGAGAAGGUGAUGAAGCUGUGUGGGAAGAUGGUGGAGGCGGGGCAAACGUAUAACGCAGCCAAUCAGCUGUUCCUGAGCGGCCUGGCUGAGCUCUCCACCUACCACAAGACGGACGGCGUCGUCACGACCUGCCUGAACCAGUUCCACCAGGGCCUGCAGGAGAUGCUCAGCUUCCACACUAUGUUGUUCGAUCAGACUCAGAGAGCCAUCGGCCAGCAGCUGACUAACCUCUGCACACAGUUUCUUCCUCAGCUGAUGGAGACCAGGAGGGAGUUUGUCCAGAUCGGGGAGGAUCUGGAGACGGCGGCGGCGAAGAACGCUCAGGUUUCCCGACACAAAGCCGCCGAUGCCGAGCGAGCGAGUCACCUGCUGCUUGCUACCCGGAAAUGCUACCAACACUUCGCCCUGGACUACUGCCUGCAGCUGAACACCUUCAAGACUCAGCAGAGGAUCGACGUCUUAAACUCGGUGUUCUCCUUUGUACACGCUCAGUUCACCUUCUUCCACCAAGGCUUCGACCUGCUCAGAGAUCUGGAGCCCACAAUGAAGACAAUGGCAGCUCAGUUGUCUGAGCUGUCCGCAGACUGUGCAGCUAAAAAGAAGGAGCUGGAGAACAAACACCUGCUGGUGCAACAGAGAGAUGCUUCAGGUGAGCCGAUGGUCAGUCCGUGUCCUGGGAGCGAUGACAUCAUCCAGGGUUACCUGUUCAAACGCUCCAGGAGGAAAUCCAAGACCUGGAAGAGGUGCUGGUUCACCAUCAGAGACAACCAGCUCAUCUACAGGAAGUCGCACAAGGAGGACUUGCUGGUUCUGUUUGAGGAUCUCCGACUUUGUGCCGUUAAGUCUCUGGAGCACAUCGACCGACGGUUCUGCUUCGAGCUGCUCUCGGUCCAGAAGUGUUGCACUCUGCAGGCCGACUCGGAGCAGCUGAAGCAGGCCUGGCUCAGCGCCCUGCAGGGAAGCAUCGACCUGGCUUACCGGGAGAGAGCCGACGUCCAGGUCACACAGCCUAAAGAGCUUCCUCCUCUCCUGUCUGGAGCUGAAGCCUCUCCAGGACCUCCAGCUCGGAGGCCGGCGGCCCUCGGUGUGGCCCUCGGGGGCCCCGGGAACCAUCGAUGCUGCGACUGUGGGGAGGAGGAGCCUCGCUGGGCCUCCGUCAACCUGGGAGUCACCGUGUGCAUCGAAUGCUCUGGAAUCCACCGGAGUCUCGGCGUUCACCUGUCCAAGGUGAGAUCUCUGACUCUGGACUCCUGGGAGGCCGAACAGCUGAAGCUGCUGUGUGUUUUGGGAAACGACGUGAUGAACCGGAUCUACGAGGCUCGAUGUUCAGAGGAGGGACGAGUCAAACCCAAAGCCGACAGUCCUCGAGCUGAGAAAGAGAUGUGGAUCAAAGAGAAAUACGUGGAGAAGAAGUUUGUUCAGCUCAGCAGCUCAGGAGACGCUCGGCGUCGUAAGGACGAGGCCGGGCUCCGGCUGUACCGGGCGUCUACGGCGGGGGACCUGGUUGCCAUGGCAACGGCGUUAUCGGAGGGGGCGGAGGUCAACGGGAGCAUCGGCGAGGAGGGAGGACGGACGGCGUUGAUCGGAGCCGCUGUCGGGGGGUCGCUGUUGGCCUGUGAGUUCCUGCUGCAGAACGGAGCCAACGUGAACCACAGAGACCAGAGAGCAGGGGCGCUGCACGCCGCCGCCACCGCUGGCCACACCGGGCAGGUGUGUCUGCUGCUGAAGAGGGGAGCAUGUACGCAGGUGGAUGAGACGGGACAGGACCCGCUGGCCAGCGCCGUGGAAACGGCCCACGCCGACAUCGUCACUCUACUGCGGAUGGCGCGAAUGAACGAGGAGAAGGAUUCAGAGGGAGUCUUUGGAGCCGUGGGAGACGACGAGACGUUUCAGGACAUCUUCCGGGACUUCAGCGACAUGGCGUCCCACGAUCCGGACAGACUGACCCGACGACAGUUCAGCCGAGGAGGAGACGAGGAGGACGAGGAGGACGAGGAGGAGAAAGAGGAGGAGAAAGAGGAGGAGGAGUGAUGACGAACAGCCAGAACAGUGUUGAAGGAGGAGAGUGAUGCUGGUUGCCGCGGUAACAGACAGAUUUAACAUGUAGCCGACUGACAGUUAGCUAUUCUAUCAGGAGAUGUUAGAGGACGUAUUUUUAUGGAUUAAAUGUCACGUUGCUUUGGAUUAAACUGGAUCUGAGGGAAACGAAGGUCGACAUGUUGGAAGGAGUUAGGUCAAAGAUUCAGAUAGAUUCAGUGAAACAUUCCUGAAAAAUGGAGAAAAAACCCAAAUAGCAAUGAGUACAUUCAUGUACGUUAAUCUGCGUCACAGAUGUCGUCUUAAAACUCCACCGAAGUUACAGAAAUGUUUUUAUAGCCUUCAGAAUUAUCACUAAAACGACUCAAAACGAUCAGCCAGAAACUGUAAAAACAUGAAAGAAUUGAUCAGUUUUCUUAUUGUGUCGUUCCAUCAGAGAAAUGAAGCUAAUUUAGGCUUAAAUCACGUGAAAUUAGCCGUCUGUUUACAUAGCGAGCAGAGGAUUGUGGGUAAAAACAGUAAAAAGUAGAGGAUCAUCCUGAUAUAUUUAUCUACAGUAACUGUAAAAAGUUUUCCUCUUUUAUGUUUUUAACGUUGAAUUCUGGUCAAUUUAAUUUGGAUUUUUAGACCAACAUUUACCAAAAAAGACUCUUUAAUGUCAAAGUGAAACCAGAUUCCUACAAAAUAAUGUCAAUUAAUUAAAAAUACAAAUGUAAAAUAAGUGAUUGCUUUAGUACUUUUAAUUAAAUGACUAUGUAGAAAUCUGGUUUCACUUUGACAUUAAAGAGUCUUUAAAAAAAAUCUUAAUCCAGUAUUUUAUUUUCCUGUCAGUCCAAAAUAAUGUUACGUUUUCCAAAGUGACUCAAAAUUUGUCCAAAAUGUUUCAAAACUUGUCCAAAGUGACAGAAAAUUAGCCCAAAAUAAGUAAAAUAGUGUUAAAUUAGCUGUUUGUUUCUAUUAGCAUGAGACACUGUUACAUAGCAGAGUAGAGGAUUGUGGGUAAAAAACUGAAUUUAAGUGAGCGUAGUAGAACAUCCGGCUGUAAAAAUUAUUUAGCCUCCUUUUAUUACUUUUCAACAUUGAAGUAAGGUCAAUUUAAUUUGGAUUAUUUUACAAGAAUUUACCAAAAAAAGACUCUUUCAUGUCAAAGUAUAAACGGAUUUCCACAAAAUAUCGUCAGUUAAUUGCAAAAAUCUAUAUAAAAUAAGUAACUGCACAAGUAUUUUUGAUUGACUUUAUUUUCUAUAAAUCUGGUUUCACUUUGACAUGAAAGUCUUUUUUGUAAACUAUUCUUGCAUAAUGUCUGCAGAGCUUUUAUUUUGUAAAUUCUUGUAAAGUAGAAGAAAAAGCAAAUUAAAUCUCCCAUUAUUCAGCGUUGAAAAGAAAGCAAAUGGUGGUAACUUCUGCUUUUUGGGGGCAUAAUUCAGCAUACAACAUGAAUUAUGUUACAUCUUUGGACUUUUUAAAGUUUAAUUUGACCACUAGGGGGUGCUGCAGUGAGCACAAACAGGUUUUUCAGAAUAAAGCUCAAGUUAUGAUUUUAAUACGAUUAGAAGUGACUUUUUAAUUCAUUAUUGCCCCUCCCCCUUUUUACCGUAUUUAUUUUAAAAAUGAGAAAUAAUGGUAAAAUGUGUCGCAAACAGCCGCUGCCAGAAUUAAAGAAAACAGUUUAACACAGCGAUGGAGGCACUUAUUGUGAAAAGCUCCAAGUUUACACCACUUUAAACCUUUAUUUAGUUUAAUGAAGCAGAAUAUUGUCGCUGUUUUCUCCUCCACUGUAUAAAAUAAUAACAAAACUAAGCACAUAUGGCGGUUUCUGUGGUAAAGAACAUUUAUGCUGGAUUUUUAACAGUUUCAUCAACAAAAAUAGCGCGCAACUGUCAGAUUAAACAUAAAAUAUAAAUCAGGUAAAAAAAUAACUUUAACAUUAUAACCAGCAGUAGAAUGCAUAUAUUUAAUAAUGAAUAUAUUUAAUAAUGAAUCCGUAAUUGUGGAGUUUCAGUUUAUUUCCAGUUUCUAACUUUGUGUUUCUGGUUUUUAAAGGGAUUUAACUGCUGAGUCGGUUUUAUUUUAUCUGUUUAAGUGUUUUGUUUUUAUUUUUAAUGAGACUGAAUUAAAGCAGAGCUGCUGUUACUUCCUGUUUCCUCUGACGGCUGAUAUUGAUUAUUGAUUUCAGUCUCAGAUUGUUUGUCUGCUGACGAGAGACAUUUCAUUCCACUGUUACUACUGUGACCCUAAAUAAAACCACUGAACGGUAA